AUGUUUAGACAAGUUAAAAGAAGAACAGCUGGGAGAAGAAACUUUGAAGAUUCUAUUGACGAAGAUUCACCAGUGAAAUAUUCUACUCCACCAACUUUAUACACAUCAAGAUUAUCAUUUUAUGAUUUACCACCAACUCAAGAAAUCACAUUAGAACAAUUUGAAACUUGGGCUAUUGAUAGAUUAAAAAUUUUAAUUGAAAUAGAAUCAUGUUUAGCUAGAUCUAAAUCAUUAAAAGAAAUUGAAAGUUCUGUUAAACCAUUGUUGUUGAAAUAUUUACCUUUGAAUCCAAAUGGUAGUGUUAAUUGUAUUGAAGAAAGAAUGAAGGAUCAUUAUAGUCAUUUUAUUCUUCGAUUAGUUUUUUGUCGUUCUGAAGAAUUAAGAAAGAAUUUUAUUAAAAAUGAAACUAUUUUAUUUAAAGUUAGAUAUAAUUUAUUACAACCAAAAGAACAACAAGAAUUUAUUGAGUUGAAUCAAUAUAGAUUACCUUGGAAAUAUAUCUCCAGUGAAGAGAAACAAAAAUUUUUACCACAAUUAAUUAAUGCUAGUGGUGGUUCAAUUAGAGGUCAAUUAUUAUCUGAAGGUGUAACUAAUAUAUCUAAUGAUCAGCUUAGACAACAUUUUAUUCAUAAAGAAAAUUUCAUUAAAUUACCAUUUGAAAAAGUUACAAAUUUGGUUAGUACAAGAUCCAUUUUCUUACAUAAAGGAUAUGGGUAUUUACCAACAAGUUUGCAAUUGAAUUUAUUAGCUAUUGAAUUUCAAGAAAUUUUAUCUAGUAAUUUAAUAAGAACUUUCCAAACAAUACCAAGAUUAGAAGAAGAUGAUAGAUUAUUACCAUUAUUGAAUAAUUUAUCACGUAAUUUUGCUAAUUUCCAAUAUGAAUCUGAAAUUGAUCCGGAAUUAAUUAGUGAUAUCAAUGCUAAACUGGUGCUUACUCCAUCAAUUACUAAACAUUUCCCCCUUUGUGCUACCAAUUUGCAACGUAAUCUUAUUGCCAAUUCACAUUUGAAAUAUGGAGGUAGACAACAAUUGGGAUUAUUUCUUAAAGGUAUUGGAUUAAAUGUUGAUGAAGCAUUAAAAUAUUGGAGUUAUCAAUUUACCAAGAAUAAUAUGACAUUAGAAACAUUCAAUAAAGAGUACAAAUAUAAUAUUCGUCAUCAAUAUGGAUUAGAAGGGGCUAGAAUUAAUUAUAAACCAUGGGAUUGUUCAACAAUUUUAUCUAAACCAAAACCAGCCAAUAAAAAUGAAUUUCAUGGAUGUCCAUAUCGUGAUUUCCCAAUUGAUUCAUUGGUUAGUAGUUUAAACAAUAUGGGGGUUAAAGAUCAACAAGAUUUAAACAAUAUAAUUGAUGAUGUCAAUAAACAUGAUUAUACCGUUGCUUGUACUAGAGUGUUUGAAAUUACUCAUUCAAGAAAUUUAACAAAUAAAGAAAGUUUACACAUAACUCAUCCUAAUUUGUAUUUCGAUAGGUCUAGACAAUUAGAAAGAAGUGAAAACAAACAAAAUGAGUAA